AUGGUUAAAGAUCUCACCUUUGAUGUCAGUUAUGACAACGAGCUAGCCCACAUAUACUACGGAGACGGGAAAAAGCUUGCUGAUCAUUUACGGGAGAUUUAUCACGACAAGAAUCUCCAGUUCCCUGAUGAAUUCGACUCUAAUUUAACUACCCCUCCGAUCCAUUAUAUGUCGGUGGAAGCACCGGACGAAGCCAACCUUGACGAUUUAAAGAAUGUGAAUGUUCCUCCUGGCUUGAAUGUUGAUAUUAUGGAGUGGCAUUUGUAA